CAGACGUGGUGGCUCAUGCCUGUAACCUCAGUACUCUGGGAGGCCGAGGCAGGAGGCUCGCUUAGGCCAGGAGCUAUGAUAGCUCCUCUGCACUCCAGCCUGGGUGAUAAGAGCAAGAGCCUGUCUCAAAAAUAAAUAAAUAAAAUAAAAUUAACUUCAGCAUUUAGACAUUUGUCUGAAGCGUAAGAUAGUCUUGGUGGGAGGAGGUGGGGUACUGACGUGUUUCUGUUUGUUCUCUUGUGUUCUGAACGUGGGGGAUGUGGAUCAAUGGAGGUGGGGAGAUGUUUUGGGGCUGUGUCUUCGACUGUUCAGAACUGCAGGUGUUUAGGAGAACACUCUUCCGUGGAACGCUGAUGGGGUUCCGCCCUGCCCCGCCCACCCACCUGGGCAUAUAAAACCUCCGUCCUCUCACUGCCGGACAGGACGAGGCUGGCAGUCAGCACCAUGCAGCUGAAUUUCAGCGGCCUGCGGGCCCUGGUGACAGGGGCAGGGAAAGGGAUCGGGCGGGAAACUGUGAAGGCCUUGCAUGCCUCAGGAGCCAGAGUGGUGGCCGUGAGCCGUACCGGUGACGACCUGGUCAGCCUCUCCCAGGAGUGCCCCGGGAUAGAGCCCGUGUGUGUGGACCUGGGGAACUGGGAGGCCACAGAGCAGGCGCUGGGCAGCGUGGGCACUGUAGACUUGCUGGUGAACAACGCAGCCGUGGCACUGAGCCAGCCCUUCCUGGAAGUCACCAAGGAGGCCUUCGACAGGUCCUUCAACGUGAAUCUGCGUUCUGUGCUCCAGGUGUCCCAGAUUGUCGUUCGCGGCAUGAUCAACCGCAGAGCACCCGGCUCCAUCGUCAAUGUCUCCAGCAUAGCGGCCCAGGUCACCUUCCCUAACCUGGUCACCUACAGCUCCACCAAGGGCGCAAUGACCGUGCUGACCAAAGCCAUGGCCAUGGAGCUGGGGCCACACAAGAUCCGGGUGAACUCCGUGAACCCCACGGUGGUGCUGACGGCCAUGGCCCGGAAAGUCUGGUCCGACCCCGAGGUCUCCCGGAAGCUGAAGGAGCGCCACCCGCUCAGGAAGUUUGCAGAGGUGGACGACGUGGUCAACAGCAUCCUGUUCCUGCUCAGCGACCACAGCGCCUCCACCAGCGGCGCCGGCAUCUUCGUGGACGCCGGCUACCUGGCCUCCUAACGCGGGCAGGGCUCGGCGCCCCGCCCACGCCGCCCGGCCUCGCCCCUCCACGCCCCGUCCGCGGCCCUCCCUGGCCCCACCCCCAGAGACCCC